AACAGAAGUACAAAUUUAAUGACGCAAACAAUGCAGAAGAACUUCGUCUCCCAUCAGCCCUUAGGAGCAAGAAAGGAUCCUGAUUGGACAAUUCUUACAUUAUGUACGUCAUGUGACAGGCACCCGAAAGCAUGGCUGUCAAUGCAGAAGGACGCAGCUUGUCAGGGGUGCAGGACUCCAUCCUGGAGCCCCUGUCCUUCCCCGAGCGGGCGGGGCGGGGCGCGUCCCCAGAGCAGGGUGGGUCCGUGCCCUGCGUGCUGUGCCCCGAGUCCCACCCUCCGUCCCAGACCGAGUCCUACCUGCGCCACCUGGUCCAGCAGCACAAGCUGGUCAUCGCCGACGUCAAACUCAUCGCCGACUUCUCCAGAUACAUCUUGUACUGGAGAAAGAGGUUGACGGAGCAGCCGAUCACAGAUUUCUGCAGCGUGAUCCAGACCAACUCUGAGGGGCCCGUCGAGAAGCAGGAGCGCUACUUCCUCCUGUGUGACGCUCUGCCAGAGGACCGGAUACUGCGGGAGCAGCUGCAGCAGAGGAGGCUGGAGGAGGUCCUGGAGCAGCAGCAGCAGGAGCGGGACGAGCAGAACUUCCAGCGCACGUGCCUCUUCUGCACAGACGAGUUCACAGGAAACAGGUCUCUGCUCCUCAACCACAUGGCCAAAGAGCACUCCUUCAAUGUGGGCCUGCCAGACAACAUCGUGUACUGCUCCGACUUCCUCAAUGCCCUGCAGGCAAAGCUCGACGGUCUGCAGUGUCUGUACUGCGAGAGGACCUUCAGGGACAAGGUCACCCUGAAGGACCACAUGAGGAAGAAACAGCAUCGACGGAUAAACGCCAAGAACCACGAGUACGACCGCUUCUACGUCAUCAACUACCUGGAACUGGGAAAGACGUGGGAAGAGGUGCAGUCGGAGGAUGACCGGGAGAUGGCGGAGGACCAGGAUGACGAUUGGUCGGACUGGCAGGCCCACCCCGUGCGUGUGGUCUGCCUCUUCUGCGAGCACCAAUCAGAGACCAUGGAUAAAAUAUACGCCCACAUGCAGGAAAGCCACGGGUUUGACCUUCAAAAGCUAAAAGCAGAGCUUGACCUCAGGUUUUACCAGCAGGUGAAGCUGGUCAACUACAUCCGGCGGGAGGUCCACCAGUGCCGUUGCUACGGUUGCCAGGAGAAGUUUGACUCCAAAGGCGAGGUCGUCGGCCAUCUGACGGAGGCGCUGCACGUGAUGAAGGUGCCGGAGAGGAGCAGCUGGGACCAGCCUCAGUACUACUUCCCCACCUACGAGAACGACGCGCUCCUGUGCGGUCUGUCGGACAGCGAGAGUGACUCUGAGGCCGGGGAGCGGAGCAGAGGCCUGCCCGUCAUCGCCGAGGACGACUCGGACCUGCGGGUCCUGAGGGACGCCAGCGUCCUGAAGCAGCUUCUGAGGGACCCGCGCGCCUCCUCCUAGGCCUGGCCUCUCCUGGGAGUGGAUUCGUAUGGGCGUGGAUUCGUAUGGGCGUGGAUUCGUAUGGCAGUGGAUUCGUAUGGGUAUGGAUUGGUAUGGACAUAAGAUUUGUAUGGGCUAGGACUCAUACGGGCGUGGAUUCAUAUGAGCUGGGAUUCCUAUGAGCUUGGAUUCAUAUGGGUGUGGAUUCAUAUGAACGUGGAUUCAUAUGCAGCACAACCAAAGCACACUCCUCUUGUUCCGUCCGUCAGUCUUUCACACCAACUGUACAGUCUGAGCUCAUCAGAAGGAACACACUUAAUAAAUGAAAUGGGGAAAAAAUGAC